UUCCUUCAGCUGAAUAUCAGAUUGAAAUUCAGAUAAAUACCAUGAACACAGCCAUCAUUGAUCAGCUGAGGACACUUCUGAUGUCUUUCAGUUUACCCUACACUAUCAAUGACCGCACAAACAUUACAGAAAUCAUCAUGACUACUGUCUGUUCUUUGAAUGAAAUGGAAUAUCAGUGUAAAUGUGAGGGUCUGUUUGUUUGGCCAAAUGACAUGUGUCAUUCAUAUGAGACCUGUGACAACAUCACUGAUGGUGCGUGUACAUGUAUCAAUGCUCUUCCAAACAAUGGACAGUUCUGCCAGUUAAAGAAAGGAACGACUUCAAUCUACUCGAUCGAUGUUGAUGUGAGAUUCUUUGACUCGCUCCUUGUGAACGAUUUACGAAAUCUGAUCACAAAUAUCAGCCUACCUCUCACUCUAAACAACAACAUAAAUGUCACAGAUAUCGACAUGACUACUGUGUGUGGAUUAAAUGGAACAGAAUAUGAGUGCAAGUGUGAGGAGCAUCAUGUCUGGUCCAGUGACACCUGUGAGGUCCAUCAGGUGUGUGAUGACAUUGUGGGAGGAGCUUGUGGAUGUAUUCAAGGUCUCCCUUCAGUGGGUCAGCUUUGCCAGAGAGACAUAAAUGAAUGUGAAGAUGCAGAAUCAGUGUGUGGUCCAAACUCCUAUUGUAGUAACAUCAUUGGGAGUCACAAUUGUUCAUGCUGGAGUGGAUUUGCCGCCUUGAAUAGAAACAGUCCUGUGAGCCUCAACAACCCAUGUGUCUAUGUGGAUAAAUGUGUUGAGACACCUGAGAUCUGUGGUCCAAACUCAAUCUGUAACAACACUGAUGGGAGAUACAAUUGCUCGUGUAUGAGUGGAUAUAAUGUGACAGACCCAAACCUCCCUAUAAACAACAGUAACCCAUGCAGAGAUAUUUAUGAAUGUUUUGACCCAUCAUCAGUGUGUGGACCAAACGCUCACUGUCACAAUUACAAUGGAAGCUUCUCAUGCUCUUGUUUGGCAGGAUAUAACAUCACUGAUGGAAAUCCAGUUAGUAAAAGUAACCCGUGCAUUGAUGUGGAUGAAUGUGUUGAGACACCUGAGAUCUGUGGUCCAAACUCAAUCUGUAACAACACUGAUGGGAGUUACAUUUGCACGUGCAAGAUUGGAUAUACAAAUCCAAACCUCCCUAUAAACAACAGAAACCCAUGCAGAGAUGUGGAUGAAUGUGUUGAGACACCUGAGGUCUGUGGUCCAAACUCAAUCUGUAACAACACUGAUGGGAGACACAAUUGCUCGUGUAUGAGUGGAUAUAAUGUAACAGACCCAAACCUCCCUAUAAACAACAGUAACCCAUGCAGAGAUGUGGAUGAAUGUGUUGAGACACCUGAGAUCUGUGGUCCAAACUCAAUCUGCAGCAACACUGAUGGGAGUUACAAUUGCUUGUGUGUGAGUGGAUAUACAAAUCCAAACCUCCCUGUAAAAAACAGAGACCCAUGCAGAGAUGUGGAUGAAUGUGUUGAGACACCUGAGAUCUGUGGUCCAAACUCAAUCUGCAGCAACACUGAUGGGAGAUACAUUUGCACGUGCAGGAGUGGAUAUAAUGUAACAAAUCAAGAUCUCCCUGUAAACAACAGUAACCCAUGUAGAGCAAAUACAGCACCACCUAUAGCAACAACAGUUGUUAAAAUGUCAAUGCGAAUAAAUCUCAAUUUUGACACCGGUCUUAUGAACUCUACUGACCCGAAGUACCAAAAAUAUGUACAACUCAUUAGUGCAGCAAUUGAGGAAAGUUACACGCAGCUGAAAAACUACAUUAAAGGUUCAGUAAAAGUUACUGGCUUCAGGUCUGGUAGCAUUAUAGCAGACUACACGAUUGAUACAACCAACAGCAGCAGCAGCAGCAGUAGUGUCGAUUUAUCAUCAGCAAACACACAGGUUUCUGAGGUUCUCUUGAAAGAAGGAAUCCCUGUAGCUUCCAAUGCCUUUGAGGAAAGUGUGGAAAUAGUCCUGACAACCAAAGAAAAAUUUUAUGAUCAGCAAAGUAUGGAACUGAGGUGUACGCGUCCAACUUCUGUUGUGGGAACAAUAAAAUGGAGAGUGAAUGACAAAGAUCCUGCAGGAAACACAGGAAAAUACACAAUUACAAAUGAUGGUAGCGAUAGCGGUAGUACUCUCAAAGUGAGUGACUUGAGUGAGAGUGACAAUGGUAGAUACUCGUGCAUCAUAGAAAGACGCACAAUACCUUACGUUCAGUGGCAAAAAGUAGUCAUUGAACCACGGCCCAAUAUCAUAGUGAAUCCAAUUGAAAUAAAGUCACCGUGCAACUUUGAGACUGUCACAUUGAGUUGCUGUGAAGAACGCUACCCAAUUAAGUGGGAUGGGAAUUCUUCUGCCGAUCAAGUGACAAUUUCAGGGCCUGGCUGCAUCAUGUUGCGACACUUGAGCACAAGAUGCGAGACCACUGACAUAUUCACAUGCCUAGUGAACAUGGAUGAAUUAAAAGAGUUUGAUUAUAGCAGAGCCACAGUCACAGUUAAGACAGUCAAUGAAUUUGACUGUAAAAAUGAAACCCUUGGAGUUGGAAAAUUUGGUGACAUUGUGAAAGGACCUUGUGAAAAAGGCCUGGAAGGCCGCAUCACUUAUGAAUGUCAACGGAUAAACUCAAAACAUGAUUGGAAGCCUAUACAGAGAGAAUGUGUUGUUGAAGCUAUACAAGACCUAGAGAGGAAGGUUGAGGUUUUGGUUGUAGAGGAGAUUCCAGAGUUUAUGUCAAACCUUAGUGGCACUGCAGAGCAGAAAAUUGUUGAGAUAACACAAUCUGCUGAUACUGUCCAAACAAUAGUUGAGAUACUCUCUAAAAUUGCUAGUUUCUCAGAAAGUGUUACCAUCAGUCAACCUGUGAUGGCGGAUUUUCUUAAAACAGUGGACAUCAUUGUUGCAGAUGAAUCUAAAACCACAUGGGACCAAUUAAACAAUGGCACCAAGACCGAAAACAGAAGCACUGAACUACUGCAAGCUAUUGAGAAAAUAAGUAAUAAUCUCUCAGAAGAUGAUUUUACGAUCAGUAAAACGUCCAUUCAGUUGAAUAGAACAACAAUCAAAAACUCAUUCAUUGGAACAUCUCAACUAGCAAACUCAACGACUCAGAUUGUGAUACCAAAUGUUGUUGAACCAGCCUUUAUAACCAUUAUUGUCUUCACAAAGCUUAACAAUGUCCUACCUACUCGUAAUACUUCUAAAAAUGACAACAGAACAUCACAAAAUCGUAUUAAUGGAGAUGUGGUUGUGGUUAAGGUUAAUGAAACCAUUAAUAACAUUUCAUUUGCUUUUGACAUUACAAAUACAUCGUUGGGAAAUCCUCAGUGUGUCUUCUGGAACUUUUCUCUUGACCGAUGGGAUUCAACUGGAUGUAAAGUCAAGCACUCAAGGAAAGAAGCAGUUACAUGUGAAUGCACUCACACGACCUCUUUUUCAAUUCUGAUGUCACCGUUUGGACUUGAUCAUCCUGCCUUAGCCUAUAUAACAUACAUCGGUGUUGCUAUUUCAAUGGCCAGCUUGAUUCUGUGUCUCAUUAUUGAGAUGAUUGUAUGGGAGUCAGUGAAAAGAAAUAACACGUCUCACAUGCGGCAUGUCUCAAUAGUCAACAUCGCUGUGUCUCUGCUGAUUGCAAACAUCUGUUUCAUCAUUGGAGCUGCAAUCGCAGAUCAAGACAUAAAACAAGAGCAGAUGAUCUCAGUGGGUCGCUGCAGUCCAGUGGUUUUCUUCAUGCACUUUUUUUACCUGGCUCUUUUCUUCUGGAUGCUCGUUUCAGCACUUUUUCUGUUUUACUGCACUGUCAUGGUCUUUUCUCAAAUCUCAAGGGCUAAAAUGAUGAUCAUUGCCUUCACAGUUGGUUAUGGUGCACCUUUGCUCAUAGCGGUUAUUACUGUCGCAUCCACGGCGGGACCUAAAAACUAUGUCUCAAAAGAAAAUGCAUGCUGGCUGAACUGGACUGAAUCCAAGGCCCUGUUGGCAUUUGUGAUUCCAGCUCUGACUAUCUUCUUCUUCAACCUCAUGGUUGUGGUUGUAGUUGUGUGUAAGAUGUUAAGGAGAGGAGUUGGUGCUGCAACUCAACCAAAUGAAAGACAUACUCUUGUGGUCAUUGCUCGAAGUGUGGCUGUUCUGACUCCUAUCUUCGGCCUAACAUGGGGAUUCGGCAUUGGAACACUGGUGUCACGUGAGCUUGGCAUUCACGUGGUGUUUGCACUCCUAAAUUCACUGCAGGGACUCUUUAUUUUGCUGUUUGGACUGCUUUUUGACAGUAAGAUCCGUGAUUUACUGGCUGGAAGGUUGGCACUUAGGACUCUUACCAGCUCUGACCGUACCAGGAGCACUACUGCAGGACCAUCUUCAAGUGGAUUUGAUUUCUUUCGAAGGAUGCGGGGAAGACGCAACGCGUACAACAUAUCGGAAGUCGCUGCUUCCUCUGGAGUUACGACUAGUAACAGCUACAGUGCUUUGGAUGCUUUCGGGAGUGCUUAACUGCCGUAUUAACUACUGCCGACAGACCUUUCCAAAAGAGUUUCCUCUAGUGCAGCCAUACUGGAAGGUGCACUUUCUGUUACCGUCAUGUUCUGGAAAGAUAUUUUUCUGUUUUUAACAUGAAUCCAAAAAAUAAGGGUCUAAGAUUUUGACAGAUUUCCUUGUAUAAUACAAAGGUGAUAUUAAUAAUGUGGGACUAGUGUUUGUUUAAUUGACCUUAUAACAAGAUUUCUCUGAAGAUUACAUCUGUUGUGUUUUUCUAUACUGUCUUGAUUAUUUUAAGCCAAAUACCUCAAAUAAAAAUUCAAAUGUUC